GGGCCCCUUGCCCGUCCUGCUCCUCUCCUCCAGAGUUACGGUCGGGCACUCGCUCCCCUCCCUCGCGGCCCCCACCCCAAGUCCCAGCCGCGCGCGCCUUCCCCCACCCCUCCCGCGGAGGGCGCGCGCGCCCCGUGCUCCCAUGCGCCGCUGCUGCCCGGCUCUAUUUGUAAACACUCCGGCCGCCGCCGCCGCCGCCUCCUCCUCCGCUGCUGCCGCCGUCGUCGCCGCCGCCGCCGCCGCCGCCCGCCCGUUGCCUCUGCCGUUGCCGCAGCAGCUUCCAACCAAGAUGGCGGCCGGUGGGAGCGGCGGCGGCCUGUCGUCCUGCCCGCCGGGGGUGGGGAACGGCUGCAGCAACGGCAACGGCGGCGGAGGCGGCGGCGGUGGGGGGCCCGGCCCGGGCCUGAGUUACAAUAACUGCGCCGUGGCUGCGGCCGCGGCUCCGGCCCCCGGAAACCCGGCGGCCGCCUCCGCUUCCUCCUCCGCUGCCGCCGCCGCGGCCUCCUCCGCCUCCGUCGCCGCAGCUGGGCUCGGGACAGCCUCUGUCCAGGCCGCAGGGAGCGGCGGGACAGGCUCGGCCGUGGCGGCGGCGGCGGCGGCGGCCCCCGGUCCGGGCCCGGCCUCCGGUCCGGCCCCGCCCGGGGCCGUAGGGGCGGCGGCGGCGGGGCUGGUGCUGCACCGUGAGCCCGUCUACAACUGGCAGGCGACUAAGCCCACGGUGAAGGAGCGUUUCGCUUUCCUCUUCAACAACGAGGUGCUCAGCGACGUGCACUUCCUGGUGGGCAAAGGCAUGAGUUCGCAGCGCAUCCCUGCGCACAGGUUUGUGUUGGCUGUGGGCAGUGCUGUCUUCGAUGCAAUGUUUAAUGGUGGAAUGGCCACAACUUCUACAGAAAUUGAACUGCCAGAUGUGGAACCUGCUGCUUUCUUAGCUUUACUCAAAUUUCUUUAUUCUGAUGAAGUUCAGAUUGGACCAGAGACUGUUAUGACCACACUUUAUACAGCUAAAAAGUAUGCUGUUCCUGCUCUUGAAGCACACUGUGUGGAAUUUCUAAAGAAAAAUCUCCGAGCUGAUAAUGCUUUCAUGCUUCUAACACAGGCAAGACUUUUUGAUGAACCCCAGCUGGCCAGCCUGUGCUUGGAGAAUAUAGAUAAAAACACAUCAGAUGCCAUCAAUGCAGAGGGUUUCACAGACAUCGAUUUAGACACACUUGUUGCUGUGUUGGAGCGGGAUACCCUGGGCAUUCGAGAGGUUCGUUUAUUUAAUGCAGUGGUCCGCUGGUCAGAGGCAGAGUGUCAGCGGCAGCAACUUCCAGUGACUCCAGAAAAUAAGCGGAAAGUUUUGGGCAAAGCCCUCUCUCUCAUUCGUUUCCCUCUGAUGACAAUUGAAGAAUUUGCUGCAGGGCCUGCUCAGUCAGGCAUUCUCACUGACCGUGAAGUGGUCAGCCUGUUUCUCCAUUUUACCGUGAACCCAAAGCCCCGAGUGGAGUUCAUCGACAGACCACGCUGCUGUCUGCGAGGGAAGGAGUGUAGCAUCAACCGUUUUCAGCAGGUGGAGAGCCGCUGGGGCUAUAGUGGAACCAGUGACCGGAUCAGGUUCUCAGUUAACAAAAGGAUAUUUGUGGUUGGGUUUGGAUUAUAUGGAUCAAUACAUGGACCAACGGAUUAUCAAGUCAACAUACAGAUCAUUCACACUGACAGCAACACGGUCCUGGGUCAGAAUGACACUGGCUUCAGUUGUGACGGGUCCUCUAAUACAUUCCGGGUCAUGUUUAAGGAACCUGUGGAGAUUCUGCCCAAUGUUAACUACACGGCAUGUGCAACACUGAAGGGUCCGGAUUCCCACUAUGGCACCAAAGGCCUGCGUAAAGUGAUCCGCGAGUCACCCACAACAGGGGCCAAGACCUGCUUCACAUUCUGUUAUGCAGCUGGAAACAACAAUGGCACCUCUGUGGAGGAUGGACAGAUCCCAGAGAUCAUCUUCUACACAUAAUGGCCUGCCUGGCAGGACUGUCCUGGAGUGGCCGCCCAGGGCCUUCUCCCCCUCUUCUCCGGCUGAGUCCAACCGUGCCAAUGGGCGAGGCUGGCCCAACACACACCUCCAUGUUUCUGCCUCGUGUUAGUGAUGCCGCUGCCGCUCUCCCCACAGACUGGUUUACAGGAAUCCACUAUAGUCACAUGGGGCUAGUGACUGCCUCCAUUUUAGUGGUUAUCUUAUCCUCUGAGUUCAUGAAAAGCAUUUUUAAAAAUUGUAAUGAAUGUAGAUGCUUUUACGUUGAUUAGAAGCAUGAAAAAAAAUACUUUGGUUGAGGUGGGAAAUUUCCUGUAAUGAGACAAUCCCUUAAGAGAUUGAAAAAAGAAAAAGAAAAAAAAGAGGGUCAUAUUGACCCCUGCCAUCUCCUUCUCCCCCUUCCCUCCCACAUACUCCUUACACAUACACAGGGGAAAGAGCAUUUGCCCUCUGGGUCCAGGGACACCUGACGGUGAAAUUUGAUUCACUGCAAAAUGACUGUCUGAAGAGAGCCCUGGGAUGCACGUGGGACAUGUGUAGCCCCUUGUUAACUAGAGACAAUCUGUAUGUUCAGUAGGCUGUAUGUCUAAUAGGUGGCACCAAUUUAACUGACCACCUAUCUGUAAGUGAGGGAUAGCAUGUGAAGAGGAGCAGAGGUGGGAUCCCAGGGUGCCACAUCAGACUUUGCUCCUGGGUCUAGAUAGUGGCACCAUUUUGUUAGUGUCCAGUAAGUUUGGGGGUGACUCCAGAAUGUCUCGGGGAGCCAGUUGAGGAGAGAAAAAGGAAGUCCUUUCAGCGGCAGGAGUUGUCAGGUGAACUAACCUGAUCCCAGAUUCCCCCCCAAAACUGCCGUUGUCUGUGUCAUUUAUUUUUGUAGACUGCACGUUGCAAUGCAUUCUUGGAUUUACCUUUCUCCUAUAAGGAGGGGUAUGUAUGGGGUUGGGGAAGGGAGAGAAUUCAUUCUUAUUUUGUGUGAGAAUGAGUGUGUGUGUGUGUGUGUGAGUGAGUGAGUGAGUGAGUGAGUGAGUGUGUGUGUGUGUGUGUGUGUGUGUUCCCUGGUGCCCAUCACCUGUGUGGAUUCCUAGAUGCCCAGAGCCUAGAUCAGGAAACCACCCAGCCCAGAGGGCUCCUUGACAGAUGGCCCUGGGCUUAGGAAACAUUUCAGGAACACGUUGCAGACUUUGUACUUGGUUGUUCCCGUUCCUCUUAGUCCUCCUGUAGUCAGAAGUGGAGCCUGGGCUUGCCUGGGCCAGUCUCUUCCUGGCUUUAAUGAAGCUAAUUUCUCUGUAGCCUUUUUCUAAAGGGCUUAUGCUUGGGACAGAUCCUCAGUACAGAAGGGGGCAGCUUAUAUCCAUUUGAUUUUGCCUUGUUCUUACUGUAGAAGAGUGAGGACGUCCCUUUCCCCUUUUACUUUGUGCAUGGGAGGGGACUGACUCUGAAAUUUUAUUUACAACUGGAUACUCACAGAAAUGUCAAAUUUUCCUUAUUUGAGAAUUGCAUGGAGCCACUUCCCUGUCCCUUUUCUUUAUAUCUUGGUCAAAGGAUGUUACUCAGAUCCCCAAAGGGCAAAAAAGACCAGAGUUUAUUGUUCCCUUGCUUUUCUCUUCAGGGCUGCUGAGGGAGCCGUGUCCGGUGUCAGAAAGGGAGACCAAGAUGGGCCUAUUUUCUACCGUGUUGGAACGUGUGGCUUAGUUCUUUUGGCUUAUCUCUCUGGGCACUAAUGUGCCCCAUAUCUGCCUCCUGCCCUCCUACCUCCUCCCUCACAGCAAAGAGCCAGGAAGUUGCCUUCUGCCUUGCUGUUCGAGGUCUGAGGACUUGUAUCUGAGGGCAGUUUUCUUAUUGGGGUGAAAUACUGAUCCCCUUUUCUCUUCUACACAAAUUGUAGCUAGGCCUUGCCAGCCAGGCAGUCACUAAACUGGUAGCGGGCAAUAACUGUAAAACCCAAUUGAACAGAGGUAGUAAAGCUCGAAGGCCCAGACUUAGUGUGCUGGUGACGGCCAGUAUUCAUGUCCUAGAUCCAGUCCUUGGGUCAGGAACCCGAAAUCAUUCUGUGUGUCAGCUAGAUUCCUCAGUGAAUGACCAAGCCCGCUAGCCCUUGCUCCGAAGGAAAAUGUCUGCUAGGUAGGUUCCGUUUGCUCUUUUGUUAGCGUUUGCCUUGGAUUUCUUUUUCCCUUGGUACUGUUUCUGAAUGUAGGAGUUCUCUGUAUAAAGGUGCUGGAGGGACACCAUCGGGUCUCCCUGCCCUCCCCCUCUUCCUUUCUCAUCUUGUCCCGUCCCCCUGCCCAAGAAAGCAGGACAUUCCUUGGGUAUUGUACUGAGCACUUGUCACGGGAAGGUGAUUUGCCUGUCUGUGUGUUGGGGUGUGUGUGUUCAUUCCAACAGGUUUUCUGUUUCAGUGAUUCCUUCUGUUCGACAGAAUCCCUCCUCCCAGAAGCCAUGGCAAAGGUGUGAUCCCUCACGCCAUCCUAUUGAAAUGAUUUUUAAAAAAUAAAAUAAAUGUGUACACAUAUUCCGAGCAAUGUACAUUCUUAUGGCUUUCUGCAGGUUGGGCAUCGUAGCUAGGAUGAAUGUAACGCAUUGCCGAACACGCCCGUCUCCUCAAGUGGGAGAACUUCCUUGUAUCAUGUCCACUCUGAACUGGAGUUGGGAAUGUCUAGAUUCAUAAGCAUUGCUAUAUCGAUGAAUGUAUCUAAUGAUUUCUCAUAUUCAGUGUUCAAACACUCUGCUUUUGGCCAGCUUUGUGACUUGUAAAUAGGUAAUCAAUAAAGACAUGGGGUUGGUUGUCUUUAA